AUGGCCGAACUGCAAGCAGAAGUCAAGAGACUAGCUGAGCUAUCCACCCAAAGCAGCAAACAAGAGGAAGGCAAUUCCAAAGGUUCAACCCAAGGCGGAGCCGAACUCAUAGGUGUCAACCCCCCCAAGGAGAAACUGACUUUGGACAACCCGUUUUCUGAGGAAAUCACGAAUUUCCAAAUGCCAAAGCAUUUUACACUUCCUUCCUCUCUUGAGCCGUAUAAGGGGAUUGGUGACCCCCGGGCUCACAUUAAGAAAUUUCAAUCUAUGAUGUUUUUUAACGGACCUAAUAACGAUCCUGUGCUUUGCAGAGCUUUCCCUACUUAUCUAAACGAGGCUGCCCUACUUUGGUUUUCAAAAUUGUCUGCAGGAUCAAUCGCUUCCUUCGAAGAUCUGGCUAGGUCUUUCAUCGACUACUUUGCAGCAGCUCGGAUCUAUAGAAAUAAUCGCGGUUACCAAGCCAAAAAUACUGGACGAAUUCCGGGAAAGGGCAGCAAGACAAAUGGAGAUCGAAGAACUCCAGAGGCCGACAAAACCGAAAGGAGACCAAGAAAAGAGGACGACAGGCCCUCAAGAUCAACGAACACUAGAGACCUCGGCAAACCAUUCAAGCUCACCCCAAAAUUCGAUAACUAUACCAGAUUCAAUACGAAGAGAGAAAAGAUAAUCAAAGAAAUACUUAAUGCCAAAAUUAUAAAGCCACCAACCAGAGCGGGAAGUUACCAAGAUCAGCGAUUCGUAGACAAAAGCAAGCACUGUGCCUUCUACCAGAAAUAUGGUCAUACAACCGAUGAGUGCGUGAUAGCCAAAGAUCUCUUGGAAAGAUUAGCGCGGCAGGGCCUCUUGGACAAGUACAUUGAGGGGCGAAAACACAGGGAAAGCAACAAAGAAGAACAUCACCAAUCCUCGGCCAGCAAAGAAACCAACAAAUGGUUGAACAACAACCCGCCUAAGGGGGUUAUAAACUGCAUAUCUGGAGGAUUCGCAGGAGGCAGUGAAACAAAUUCAGCUCGGAAGCGGAGUUACCGUGCGAUGUUAGCAAUCGAAGGAACAACACCGCCAAACAAUAAAGAUAUUCAGGACCUAGAAAUCACUUUUAACCAAAUUGAUAUAUGCUCGGCCUGCCCACACGCAGAUGACCCGGUAGUAAUCUCCAUUCAAACAGGCGACCUUCUGGUAAGAAAAGUCCUUUUGGACCCAGGUAGUAGUGCAGAUGUUCUGUUUUACUCUACUUUUUCAAAAAUGAAUCUAUCUGAAAAACUAAUGCAACCCUCAUCUGGAGAAUUAGUAGGAUUCUCUGGAGAAAGAGUGCCGAUCAAGGGCUAUAUAUGGCUAAGGACCAUAAUGGGAAAUGACCCGUUGUCAAGAACCUUGGACAUACAAUACCUAAUAGUUGACUGCCCUAGUCCUUAUAACAUUAUUCUCGGAAGACCUGCUCUGAACAUGUUCAGAGCAGUCAUAUCUACUUACCAUCUAUGUGUCAAAUUUCAGGCACAGGGCGGCAAGAUAGCAAUAAUACAUUCAGAUCGCCAACAAGCUCGGCAGUGUUAUAAUGCGAGCCUAAAAAGAUCGGACACAGGCCUGAAACAACGUGAAGUCCAUUCAAUACAUGGCACGGAAGUACUACCCUUGGCCGAGCUUGAUCCUCGAGGAGACACCCAAGAAAGACCCCAACCAGCAGACGAGCUCCAGAAGAUCCAACUGACCCAUAUACCGGAACAGGUAACAUACAUCGGCCAAGCAUUACAAGGACAGCCAAGGUCGGAACUGAUAAAACUAUUGCAAACAAACGCCGACCUAUUCGCCUGGACCCCAGCGGACAUGUCCGGUAUAAGCCCAGACGUAAUCUGCCAUAAAUUGGCCACCAACAGGACAAGCCGACCUAUAGCUCAGAAGAAGAGAAACCUUGGGGCGGAAAAGUCAAGGGCAGCCUUAGAAGAGACAGAGAAACUCCUCAAAGCCAACUUCAUCAAAGAAAUGCGCUUCACCACAUGGCUCUCAAACGUAGUAAUGGUAAGGAAAAAUUCAGACAACGCAUCAGGUUUCAAAAGCUUGAGCUUCAUGGAUGCAUACUCUGGCUACAACCAGAUCCUUAUGCAUUCAGAAGAUCGAAGCAAGACUGCAUUUAUAACUGAACAUGGUAAUUUCUGCUAUAGAGUUAUGCCAUUUGGCCUAAAGAAUGCAGGUGCAACUUACCAACGAUUGAUGGACAAGGUAUUCCGACAUCAAAUAGGUCGGAACAUCGAAAUUUACGUCGACGACAUGGUAGCCAAGACCACCUCAGAACGGUCACACUGUGACGACCUCAAAGAAAUAUUCGAACAGAUCCGAUCAUACAAUAUGAGGCUCAACCCGGAGAAAUGCGCCUUUGGAAUACAAGGAGGCAAAUUCCUCGGAUUUAUGUUGACUUCUCGAGGAAUCGAAGCAAACCCUGAGAAAUGCAAAGCUAUACUCAACAUGACAAGCCCCAAGACGAUAAAGGAAGUACAGCAACUGGCAGGAAGAAUAGCCGCCCUCUCUCGAUUCUUACCAGCAGUAUCAAGUCGGUCACACCUAUUCUUUCAGACGAUCUUAAAAAAUAAGCAAUUCCAGUGGACACCAGAAUGCGAGAAGGCGUUCGCCGAACUCAAAACCAUCUUAUCAUCACCUCCCGUACUGCAAAGACCUGAAGUCGGCAAACCUCUAUAUUUAUACUUAUCCAUUUCCGAUCAUUCCAUAAGCUCGGCCCUUGUUAUUGAGAUAGGAAGGACUCAACAGCCAGUAUACUUCGUCAACAGAGUCAUGCAACCAACGGAACAAAGGUACCCGAAGAUAGAGCAGCUCGCCUUAGCACUUGUGGUCACGGCGAGAAGACUGAGACACUAUUUUCAAAGCCACACAAUAAUAGUAAGGACAAAUCACCCAUUGAGGCAAAUAUUAACAAAACCAGAAUUGGCAGGACGAUUAACCAAAUGGUCAAUUGAGCUCUCAGAGUUCGAUAUUCAGUUCCAGCCUAGGUCGGCCCUCAAGGCACAAGUCCUCGCCGAUUUCAUCACAGAAAUAACGCCAGACGAGCACAAUGAAACAUGGGAGUUGCACGUGGAUGGGGCGUCAAGCCGAGAAGGAAGCGGUGCCGGCAUAAUCUUGAAGGAGGGGAACGAGGUAGUAGCCGAGCAAGCCCUCCAAUUCCAUUUCUCGGCAAGCAACAAUCAGGCCGAGUAUGAAGCCCUCAUAGCGGGACUCAAGCUCGCCUUAAGCCACAAAGUACAGAACUUAACUGCACAUUGCGAUUCCCUCCUGGUGAUACAACAAAUCCGAGGAGAGUUCCAGGUAAAAGAUCCCUUGCUAGAACAAUACUGGCUCAUAGCAAAGGAUCUAAUUUCAAAUUUUAGUUCUUUCACUAUAUUACAUGUGCAUAGAGAACAAAAUGUCAGAGCAGACAUAUUAUCUAAACUUGCCGCCACCAGGGCGGAUACACAAACAUCAACAUUAUCACAACACACACUCACAAAACCGAGCAUUGAAAUGUUAUGUAUAGAAAAUAUUAACCACCUCCAUGAUUGGAGGAAACCUUUUCUUGAAUACAUAUACACAGGUACCAUACCCAGUGACGAGCUCAACCCUCAACAGUUCAAGCGUAAGGCAAGCUUUUACACGAAGAUAUCAGGGGAGCUAUACAGACGUGGUUUCUCACAACCACUGCUAAGAUGCUUAGACAAAAAUCAGGCCAGAGAAGUAAUGGACGAAGUCCAUGAAGGAGUAUGCGGAAAUCACAUAGGAGGACGAGCUCUCGCUGCAAAAAUAAUCCGACAGGAUAUUACUGGCCGACCAUAA